UUUUUUUGUGUGACGAUUUUUCUAGGUCGGUUUUUUAGAGCGUCCAAGCGACGGCGACGGAGAUCGUGGUUUCUCCCCGCGCGAGCAAUCGCGAGAUCUUGACGCCGCCGUGAUCGCCAGCGCGCAGGUAUGCAUCGCAGCGGCGGGAAUUCGUGAAAUCCGGGCGCCGCGAUGGGGUGUGAUUACUACGAUGUGCUCAAGGUGGGCAAGAGCGCGUCCGAGGACGAUCUCAAGAAGGCCUACCGGAAGCUGGCGAUGAAAUGGCACCCCGACAAGAAUCCCAAGAACAAGAAGGAGGCCGAGGCGAAAUUCAAGCAGAUUUCCGAGGCCUAUGAGGUGCUGAGCGAUUCCCAGAAGCGCGCAAUCUAUGAUCAGUAUGGCGAGGAGGGGCUCAAGGGACAGGUGCCUCCUCCCGGCGCUGGCGGCGGCGGCGGCGCCACCGGAUUCUCCAACGGGACCGAACACGUCUUUCGAUUCAAUCCCAGGAACGCUGAGGACAUCUUCGCCGAGUUUUUCGGGAGCUCCAGCCCGUUUGCCGGGAUGGGGAUGGGGAGGUCGGGGCGCUCGGGCUUUGCCGAUUCCAUGUUUGGCGAGAGCAUCUUCCGAUCGUUUGGCGAUGGCGGGGGGCCCUCUUCGGGUCCUAGGAAGGCCGCCGCGGUAGAGAACAAGCUUACGUGCUCUCUCGAUGAGCUCUACAAUGGAUCCACGCGGAAGAUGAAGAUAUCAAGGAACAUUGCCGACGCUUCCGGUAAGACGGUGCCCAUCGAGGAGAUCCUCACGAUCGACGUCAAGCCCGGGUGGAAGAAGGGGACCAAGAUCACUUUCCCUGAGAAGGGCAACGAGCAGCCAAACGUUGUCCCGGCGGACCUUGUGUUCGUGAUCGAUGAGCGUCCGCACGAGGUUUUCAAGCGAGAUGGCAACGAUCUGAUAAUGGUCCACAAGGUGCCGCUGGCCGACGCUCUCACCGGCACGACGGUGUCCAUCCGGACUCUAGACGGCAGGAUGCUCAACAUUCCAGUAGCGGACAUAGUUUACCCGGGAUACGAGAAGGUAGUUCGUGGCGAGGGGAUGCCGAUUGCGAAGGAGCCGGGCAGGAAGGGGAAUCUCAGAGUAAAGUUCGACAUCAAGUUUCCGAGCAAGUUGAAUCAAGAGCAGAAGACUCACUUGCGGAAGGCGCUGGGAUGAUAGUGGUUUUGGAUUCUAGUUUUCCAGGGUUGGCAGCAGUACGGGGAUGGCUUUUAGUAGGGCUGGGCGGUGGCGGCGAGAUGCUCGUAGAGCUGGCAAGCAGCACAGGGAUGGAAGUUUUGGUCGGGGUUUAUAUUUGUUUUUUGGUUUGGGGGGAUUCCUGGACUGGUCUGGGCAGUGGGCUUUCUGGCUGGACAUCGCAGUCCGGAAAGCAACGUUGGCUGGCUAGUGCUGAAAGGUGGCGCAGUGGGAUUAUUUUUCGCGAGGGAGUUUCAGUACUGAGUGGCAGGGAGGCCUAUGUUUGUACAGGCACCGGGGGGAAAAGCAGGUAAGAACUCGACUACUCUGGAAGGCAAAAGGAUAGAAAGCAGGGAAGAACUUGACGACAAAAGUGUAGUAUAUUCACAGUUCAAGCCACGAAGAAAGAUCACCAGAAGUUGAAAGCUUCCAACGGAGAAAAGAAGAAACGCAGAACGAGAUCACCAGAAGUUGAAAACUUUUCCCUGGAAGGCAAGGAUCUGGGAGGAAAAGAAGGCACCCAGCAGGACGCCGAGGGCGACGAGCACAGCGAUGAAGUUGCCUUCUCGGACGAUGCUCUUGAGGGUGCCGAAGACGAUCUCCCUGGCGAGCUGGUUGCCGUCUUGGAUGAGGAGCUGCCGCCUGGCCAGGCCUCUGCUGCAAGCGUAGUCGAAGAGGAGCGCGGUGGUCCAGGUGAGGAUCAUCGCCGGGAUGAGGAGGAUGAAGAGCGCGAAGAUUGUGAGGAGGCCGAUCUCGAUCCCCAGGAAGCACGAGAGCUGGAGUGGCGACCAGUCCCGGGAGGUCCGAGCGAAGGGCUGGAGCUCCAGGACGAUGUGGAACUUGAGGAUGAGCAAGGCUGCCCAGAGGAGAGCUAUGGUGAUCGCGAUGGAGCUGCCAAGCUUUGUGAGCCGGAUGUCCGUCGUCCCAGUCGCGUCAGUACUGUAAAACCCUUGUUGUUCUUCGCGAUCAAGUUAUUUUUUUCCUAUUUUUUUCU